UCUCUGGGAUCACUGUAUCUAUCCUCCGUGGUUUUCAUUGAAAUUCUGUGUAAACUACAUAAGUCAAAGAGGUUAUGUUUAUUCUUAUUUACUAUUAUUUAUUGUAAAAUUACUUGAAUAAUGGCAAUGGCAGGGGCAAGGGCAGGGGCAAGUAAACAAGCAUUACGAUACUUUCUUGGUACGUGUAUACCAUCUGUUAAACAAAAUGCUGUGAAAAUACGUGUGCAACGUCUCGAUCUAGAUAAAAAUCUUUGGAUGUAUUUCAAAGAGUAUAAUUUCGUCUAUGCCCAUGAUCCAGAUAAGAAAUGUAACAUAGGAGAUAUUGUUUUGAUACAAACGUUACCUGAGAAGUUGACACGCCUUAUUACCCAUAAAGUUGUAGACGUUAUUUAUCCAUUAGGUGAUAUUACAGAUCCUCUAACUGGUAAAAAAGUUGUUGUUAGCAAGUAUAGGGAUGAUAUAAAGGAGAUUAAUCAAUUGUAUGGUGAAUCCAAAAAUGCUUUUAAUUACGAUAAAGCACCUCCAAGAGGAAUCACGAAAGAUAAAAGAGAUUUUACGUAUCAAGAAACAUAUGUUAAAUACCAAGAAGAUCCAAAUGAUCCUCAACCAUACGCAGUAUAAUGUAUUUAUGUAUUUAAACAUAUAAAUAGAUCUUAAUGGCAAUUUGUGUAAUAGAUAAAUCACUUAAUGUUUCAUGCAUUUAGUUUUAAAAAUA